AUGGAUGGUGUCAAGCUAAACCAAACAAGCGUGGAAUUCCCAUUCACGGCGGGCGCGGAUCUGCAUUCCUCCCUUCAGAUUGUCAACACCGCCACCAAGUCCAGAGCCAUCCGGAUCACUCCAGGGAGAUCAAAGGAGUAUGCGGUUGAGAGGGGUUGCACGAUCCUGCUUCCGCCCAAUGCAUACGUGGAGAAAGGAGGUCAGCCACAGGGGCUCUGCCUGUGCAAUCAUGCUGACAUGCCCAGCCUUCCCCCGCAAGCCCUUCUGGUUCCCCUCCGACUCUUUCACUUUGAUGCCUUCGCCACAAUCGAAGAGAUGGACGAUGCAGCACCUACAGCAGCCGGAACCCUAGGGAGGCUUCAACUUCCCGUGACUUUCCCCGAAGCGCCUCCUCCUCCUCCUCCUCCUGCUCCUCCUCUUGCGCCUCUUCCGCCGCUUCCCCCUCCGGGUCCUCUCACUCUCGCUCGCAGCGCCAGUGCCGGAAGCCCAGUCGAAUCGAAUGCUGUCAGGGCGGCAUUGGAAGCAACGGGUCACGACGAGGGUGCAUGGAUACGGCGCUCUACCAGCGACGCUGCUGCUGCUGCUGCUGCUGCUGCUGCUGCUGCUGCUGCUGCUGCUGCUGCUGCUGCUGCUUAUUCCGCUGCUACGACCGUCCCUGCUGGUGCUGCUGCUGCUCCCUGCGCACCCACACAAGGUACACAGAGUAUGGAGCAGGGCUCGAUAGGCGCGAUGAGUGUGGGGAGACGAGGAGGAGGAGGGGGGGGCAGAAAGCGCAUGAGUAUAAUGUCCUUGUACCAGCAGGCCAAGGUGAUGCCCGUGCAGCAGCAGCAGCAGGAAAAGGGGCAAGAGCCGGUGGAGGCGUCGGGGAACUCAUUGUUCCCUGGGUCUCCUCCGAGAGGGGCAGCAGCAGCAGCAGAGGUGACAGCGGCUGCAGCGGUGGCAGCAGAAGCAGCGGAGGAUCGGGAGAAGGUGAAGCAGCGGUUGGAGAAGGCAGAGGAGCGUGCAGAGCAGGCAGUGCGAGAGAACAAGAGGCUGACUGCAGAGAUAGCACGGCUUAUGGCUGAGAGCCGCAGCAAUCGGCAGCGAUUGGACGAGCUGGAAAUGGAAAGGUCGAGCCAUCGGAGGGAGAAGGCGGCGUGGGAGGGCAGAGAGGCGGAGCGGCGGGAGGAGAAGGGGAGGUGGAGGGAGGAGCGGGCGCGGUGGGAGGGGGAGAGGGCGGCCAUGCAGAGACAGAUGAGGGCGCUGAGGGCGGAGAAGGUGGAGCUGGAAGGGAAGUUUGGACAGCUGCACGCAGCGUGGUGUGAGAAACAGCAGAGGGGCCUGUCAGAAAAUUCCGACCUGUCCACCGUCACAGAUGACUGUGAUUCCUCCGACGCUGACUCAGCAUUGAGCAGCGCGGAUGCCACGUCAGCGGAGUCUGGAGUCCGGUCUGUGGAUCAGUCAGGGGAGUUGACAGAGUCAACGGGGUCAAACGAAGUCAAGGAGCAGUCUAGGGGGAGGGUGGGAGAGAAACCGCAGAAGAAAGAGCACGGGCAGGGUGAGGGCGAGGAGCAACAGGAAGAGCAGGAACAGGGGAGGGAUGGGGAGACAGGUGAAGUAAGGAAGUCAGUGGCAGGGGUUCGGUGGGAUAUGCUGCGGUUGGCUGCAAGGCACAAGCAGGCUAUGAGGGAGGUGGAAGAGGAGUUAAAGGAGAAAGAUGAGAAGAUUAGAGACCUUGGAAUGGCGAUUUGUAUGCUGGAGGAUAAGGAAGAGAAGAGAGAGGAGGAGAGGAGGAGGGAGGAGGAGGAGUUGAGGUUUCAGUUAGAGGAGAAGGAGAGUGCUGUGCGGGCGAGAGAGGAGAGGGUGUGUGAGUGGGAGAGAAUGGUGGAGGAGAGGGAGGAGGAGGCGAGAGUGUGGGAGUGUAAGGUGGUGGAGCGAGAAGGGAGUGUGCGGCAGAGGGAGGAGCGAGUGAGCGAGGAGGAGGGGAGGUUGCGGCAGUGGGAGGAUAGGUUGCAGGGGAGGGGUGGGAGGGUGGAGGAGUUGGAAGGGGAGGUGGGGAGGUUGAGAGCGGUGGUGAGGGAGAGGACGGAGGAGGGAUUCGCUAUGCAGCAGGCGAUGGAGCGAUUGCAGAUGCAGCUGAAGCCACCAUGUGGGAAAGGGAACGGAGACGGGAACGGCAUCAGUAGCUGUGCUGAAGGAGUGGGGGAUGGGAAGGACCCGUGCAGCAAGCAAGCAGGAGGAGAUGCACAGCCUGCUGGCUGGUGCGUCUGUGCUGCGUGUACUGUACAGCACAGCACUCUUGAGCCGUUUUGA